GAAGAGAGUUGAUGAUUGUGAUUUUUUGGUACCGAGCGGAGAGGAGAUGCACACGGCACUCGAGUGAGCUCAAGUGUGUCCGUUUGUGUUGAGUUGAAGACCUCCUAUGAGCACAAGGACUGAGGCGAGGCGAGGAAAAUCAGUGCUACGGUAAGACACCACCACAGUGUACACCCUUGUUAUUUCCUGGUUUAAUAUUGUACACUCAGAUUUUUUUUUAGUUUUGCCCAAUAUUUGUGCGUUUCUAUGAUUCAAUCGUAUAUUGCAGGUAAAGCUAGGGUAGGCUACUUGGAUAAACGAGGAAGAGAACGCUAGCUUUUGAAAGUGUCCAACCCAAAACAUAUCCAAGAGUCCAUGUUCGUAACUUUCAACAGUUACGUACAUAAUUGCUUCUAAAAAAAUGGCCUACCCUAGCUUUACAAUUGUGUGUCUGCGUGUCACAUACGUGUUGUUGAACAGCAUACUUAUUUAACUGGAUUAGCUGGUCUCAACACCAGCCACUCAACAUCUCUACAAAUGAGCAGGGAACAGUUUAGGUGACGUUCUGUUAUGGGUUUUCCCCAUGCCCAACUGCAUAUUAACAGACACUACACAUUAGACCUUUUUAAAUCACCAUGCUUGAAUCACUUACUUGACGAUAGGAUUGGCACAUCAUUUGUUAAUUUGGGCUGCAGGGAUUCAAAAAUGGUGUGCCAAAUGGUAAAUGAUUAACUUAUGUGGUAAAACUUGGUGUAGACAAAUGUGGUGCCUCUCUUGAAAGAGAUCUACUGUAUAGACCACUUUCAAGUUAUUUUUUUUAUCAUAAUUUAAAUUGAAUGAUCAUCCUUUGAAAUAUAAAUUCAAUGAACCUUUGCUCUUUGGGGCAACUGUGUACAAAAGACAAACGCAUCGCUAUAUAUAUCCAUCGAUCCAUCGAUCCAUCUAUCCAUCUAUCCCUCUAGCCAUCUAUCCAUCUAUCUAUCUUAAGCUGAAGGUUAGCAUUACAAUGUGACUAUUAUGAUGAGUGCCUCAAGGGAAACCUUGAACCAAAGUAAACAUAAACUAUUUUAUUUAUUUAUUUUGAAUCCACAGAUAAGUCAGAAGGAGGGAGCCUAAUAUUAUGGGGACCAGAAGUGAAGGAACAAUGCGUGUCCAUGUGCACACCAAGUUCUGCUUCCUGUGUGUCCUCACGUUCCUGUUCCAGUGCGUCCACUGUCACGAGGAGGGCCAGCACGGCGAGCAUCCACAUGGCGAUGGCCACGGCCACGUCCACAACGACCUGCAGAUCUCCCAGGCCCCGUACGUGGGCGGAGCCGCCACUCCGUCCCCCAAGUCCAGCCAGGUCACCGCGUCCAUGCUAGCGGAGGAGCAGCACUUCUACGUCCAGCAGCUAUUCAAGCGCUACGGCAAAAAGGGCCGGCUGGACUUUCAGGGCUUCCAGACCCUGCUAGUCAGCCUGGGCCUUGGCGAGGUGAAGGUGGUGGGCGCCGAGCACGAGGAACUAGGGCACGAUCAUGUCGCCCACCUGGACAUGCUGGACGUGCAGGAGGGGCUUCACUCUCAUUUCCCCACUGACGGCCACCACCAUGGAAAGGCCGGUCACCAUCACCCCCACACUGAAAGGGCGACAAUAAAGUGCAGCAAGCAGGACAGCGAGGCCAGUCCGACGGCCGACGGCGGCCCACUGCAGGACCAUAACCACACGCACGACCAGGACAAGGACCCAGACCACGCCCACGAGGUACAAGACCAGCAUAAACACUCAGCCGGCCACCCCAAGGGCCACGCGCACAAGCACGGCCAUGGCCACGCUCACAGCCCCGACAAGGAGCACGUUCACGGGGCGAUGCCUGUCAGUAGGGCAGACGUCUCCCGACAGCUCGACGACCACGAUCAUGACCCCCCACAGCAAACACUAUCCACCACCGACAUUUCAUCCACCCAGCCAGAGCAGCUCCCCACAGCCCAGACGGAGCCCCCCGUAGCCCCCCAGCAGCAUCUCCCGGAGGCUACGUCCCCAGAGUCCGAGCCGCCGACCGCCGCAGCGGCAGAGAGCCGGACCAAGCGGCCCCGGAAGACGACCAGGGACCGAGGGCAGCGGGCUCGGAACAGAACCGCCUCUUCCACUCUACCGGGGGAGCAGGGCAGCGGCAAGCAGCACCGUAACCAUGAACAGAAACACAACCACGACCGAGAACACAACCUUGAACACAAUCAUGAGCAGGAGCACGACCACAGCCACGACCACGACCACAGCCACGACCACGACCACGACCACAGUCCGGGCAGGAAACGGAAGAGGGAAGCACCGGGGGGGCCUCUCCCCCCAACUCCCUCAGCUCCAUCAGGUCCUGGUAAUUUAAGGGGAGUGGCUCACCAUCACGAAGAGUGUCUGAACCUGACCCAGCUGCUGAGGUACUACGGUCUGAACCCAGACUCUCAGAUCUCCCAGGCCCAGUUUACCUACCUGUGCCCCGCCUUGCUCUACCAGAUAGACAGGCGGCUCUGCAUCCGCCACUUCCACCAGCUGGAGGUGGAGCAGAAAGACAUCGAUCACGUCUACUCUGGGUGGGUGUGGAUGUGGGGCUUUGUGUCCAUCACCAUCAUCAGCCUGCUGUCUCUGCUGGGGGUGGUGCUGGUGCCUAUCCUCAACCAGUCCUGCUUCAAGUUCCUGCUCACCUUCCUGGUGGCGCUGGCCGUGGGCACGCUUAGUGGCGACGCCCUGCUGCACCUGCUGCCCCACGCUCAGGGGCAGCAUACCCACGGGGAGCCGGCUGCGGCAGGGGCCCCCGAGGACUGGCUGACAGCCUUCGACGGGGUGUGGAAGGGCCUGACGGCGCUGGCGGGAAUAUACCUGCUGUUCAUCAUCGAGCACUGUAUCGGCAUGGUCAAGCACUACAAAGACCAAGGGGGAACCUUCUGUGCCCGGAAGAAGCGGGGAGAAGAAGGAAAGAUCGGCAGAAAGCUGUCGGACCAUAAGCUGAACCGGCGCUCUGACACAGAGUGGCUGAACCUCAAGCAUCUGGACAAAGGGGCUGACGGCGGCACGGUGGGCUCCUGUGACAACGGCCACAACGACACCCAGCUCAGCGAGCUCCAGCCCCCCGAGUCCCCCUCCGCUAAGGCCCCGCUGGCCCCCGCAGAGCUGGCGCCCACCACCCCCACCAGGGACAAGGGCAAGAAGCACGGCCACUCCCACGGCCACGGCCACUCCCACGGCGGCAACUGCCACACGGACCAGGAGAUGAAGGACGCGGGCAUCGCCAGCAUCGCCUGGAUGGUGAUCAUGGGGGACGGCAUGCACAACUUCAGCGACGGCCUGGCCAUCGGUGCGGCCUUCAGUGCAAACAUCACUGGAGGUAUCAGCACGUCGGUGGCCGUCUUUUGCCAUGAGCUGCCCCACGAACUGGGGGACUUUGCGGUGCUGCUGAAGGCGGGGAUGUCUGUGAAGCAAGCCAUCGUGUACAAUCUGCUGUCGGCGCUCAUGGCGUACGUGGGCAUGGUUAUCGGCACGGCCGUGGGCCAGUACGCGCACAACGUCACCAGCUGGAUCUUCGCCGUCACCGCCGGCAUGUUCCUCUACGUGGCGCUGGUGGACAUGCUGCCUGAGAUGCUACACGGGGACAGCGAGGAGCACAAGCGUUGCCAGCUGGGCCACUUCCUUCUCCAGAACCUGGGCCUGAUGACCGGCUUCGUCCUCAUGCUGCUCAUCGCCAUCUUCGAGGAUCAGAUCGUCUUCAACUUUGACUGGGUGUAG